GUUUCCAGUUCGUGUCGUUCCCAUGCAUGCCUCCAAAUCCUUUCGCGCCGCAAGCUGUAUAUAGCCCCGACUACGCCGUUUGUGGGCCUUUUGCAUGUUUUCCCAUCAGCGCGCCACGCAAGCAUACCCUUUGCCUCACCUUUGCACUUAGUCCGAAUCUUCGUGCGAGGCAAACAAUUUAAGACAGCAAUCCCUCGGUGUCACUCACCGCUAUAAACAGGGACUACCGCCGUCUCCACCAUGGCGAAGAAGAACAAGAAGAAGCAGAAGCAGGUGGACUGGUCGUCUCCACCGCCCAGCCCAAAGACAGUGCCCGAAGAGCCUGUCCCUGCACUACCUGGAUCAUUACCUUUGUCUCCAGAAACAGCGGCGACCGAAUCGACACAGGGCGAUCCUGCCCAGCCACUGGCCUCGCCAAUCGAGGCGAAGAUCGACGACAAGGCGGUAGAAGAAUUCAUAGCCGACCUAGCCACGAACGAGGCUACUACCGUUGAAGAGCUUCCUACUGCUGAGCAAAAACAGGAAGAAACGACCCCACUUAAAGAGGAGGAAAAGACCGAAGCUGCACCCGAGGCUACGCUAAGCUCUUCGACGGAGGCGGAAUCAUCGAAAGAGUUGGAACAAGCAAACGCUGAAGACCCUAUAUUGGAUCCAGCGGCGGCUUUGCAGAAGGCCAAGGAAGACGCGCCAGAACAAGAGACUCCCGUGCCACUUGAACCCGUAUCAGCCGAGCUAGAGCAGCCGGAGAAGAAAGAGGAAGCCCCAGCUCCUGAACUACAGUCCACAGAAUCUGUGGAAAAGGGAACUCAGCCAGAACCCCAAGAACCGACACAAGAAGUUGUUGAAGCAACUCCAGCACCCGAGGCAGAGGCUCCUCCAACUGUCGCUGAACCUGCCCCGGAGCCUGAAGUCGACUCUAAGGUCGAGCUUACACCCGAGCCGGAAGCUACAAAACAGCCAGAAGAAGUGUUGGAGAAGUCACCAGAACCGAAGCCCGAGCCGAUUGAAGCGAAAAGCCCACCGCUUCCAAAGGCCGUCUCGCCUCUGCCAGCGGCAGUUGCACUUGAAGCGGCACCCAGCUCGCCGCGGUCUGUAGUAACAGAGAGGCCGCCAGCGACCUCAACCCAGCCAAAGUCGCCACCCAAGCCGGAAGCGGUCAGUCAAGCCGCUGAAGACAGCAGACCACCAGCCCCAACGCCUCCAGUGACCCGAGCUCGACCACGGCACUCUUCCGCCUUUGAUGACGACGAUGAAGACGACUCCGCACUAAUCCAACCAAGAUUAAGAAGCGAAGCAUUGUCGCGUGAUUCCUCAAGAGGCUCAACUUAUCCACCUCCGACACACUCUCGCUCGUUGUUCGCAUCGCGAGUACCAGCGGAGCAUUACCCAAAUCCUCAGCCACCACAUCCACCACCAGGAUACCACCAUCCCAGGUACUAUCCACCGGCAGCUCCCCCAUACUACCACAAUCACACGCACAGCAUGAGCCAAUCGGGCGGCUAUCCGAACCAUUCCCCUUACGGGCCCCCGUCACACGCUUCCUCCCCAUAUCAGGAAACGUGGGGACCGACCUAUGGACCCUAUGGCAGCCACAGCCCACCUCAACGCCAUGAUUCAAUGGGGUCAAGGGACUUCCCACCAAUGGGUCCUCCUCCCAUCGAGAAUGGCUCUGCAAUUGAGGAUGACUCUGGCGACAUCUUCUCUCGUAUAGCGCAGGCUAUUCCUGAUCUGCACGUCCUCCUCGCCCGGUACAAAGAGACGCACGGUCAGCUUGGUGUACGAGAGGAACUGCUUCGCCGAGCAGGAAUCGAGCAGCAAGAGAAGUUGCGCGUCAAGGAUGAGGAGAUCAACAGCCUCAGGGAAAGGUUAGCCAACAUGGAACACAAGCAUUCGACAGAAGCUGGUAGACUAAGGCUCGAGAUUGGCAAUAUGGAGGAGCAGGUGAAGGAGCUGAAAGAGCAGAGCGCCGAGACCGACAAGUACAAGCGAGAGGCAGAAGAGGCAAGACUGGCAUUGGACGCCGCCAUGAAGUCAUGGGAGACAAAGUACAAAGAGCUAGACGAGGCUCAUGCCGCUUUGGAGAAGACAUCGGCAGAAGAAAUUGCCAAGGCUCAAAAGGAGUUCGAGGAUUGGAAGUCCACCGCGAACACGAAACAUGAUGCCGAGAAGAUCGCUCUCGCUAUUCAAUUCGACAAGAAGCUCAAGGAAGCCGACGUUAUGGCGGAGAACCAAAGGCAGGAGGCAGCAGCGGCUUUUGUCAAAGAGAAAGACGAGCUCCGUUCCGAGCAUCAGAGACAACAGCGCGAACGGGAAGCCAGCUUUGAGGCCGUCCGCAAGGAGCUCGAGAUCAAGCUCGGCGCUGCUCAGCUGGACCGCGAGGAAGCACACAAGCGCGAGCGAGAAGGCAUGGAAGUAUGGACCAAGGAGAGAGGAACGCUCGUCCAGGCCCACCGAGAAGAUAUCGAGAGUCUUCGGAAGAGCUGGGAUGAGCAGCGCGCUCUCUUGGAGGCGCAGCACAAGAAGAUUAAGGAUGAGUCUGAUAAGGCCUGGAUUGAGCUUCAUGCCGAGGCGAACCGGAAAGCGGAGGAGGAGAAGGCCAGGGCUGAUCAACUGGCGAAAGACAAGGACGAACUGCAGAAGCAGUACAACGAGCUGAAGGCGGAUAAUGAGAAGGAGAAGGAAGUUAUCAAGAGCGUUGCGAGCAAUCUUGAAUCGGAAAAGUCUCGAUUGGAGAAGUUGAUGGAGUGCUACGGCGACAUUGCGGAGAUCAAAAGCAAGGGUGACACCUAUUAUUUGGUCUCUUUCACCCAGCUACAGAAGCAGAUCUUGGAUCUCGCCACCACACACUUCGUCCAUCUCCCGGUCGCUCCGCCUCCUGAAGACCUUGCAUUGAUCCCGACUACUUUGCCUUCUUUCCUCGGGGACACUACAGCUUCAAGGCAACUUCGCUCGGCAUAUGUGGCGCACACAGUAUCAAAGCUAGUCACAUACCGGGUCUUCGGACCAUUCCUGUUCAGCCUGGGUCGGCGCUAUGACAAGGCGGAUUCGUUGUUCUCUUCCAUGAGCAACCACAUCCGCGACAAGAGCUCGCGUAAAGAGGCCAUUUGGCGCCAGCAGACACUCUUAGCUGCUUUUACCAGCAGUGGUGCCAAGCAGCGCAUCAACACAGCUGCCGGAACUGUCGUGGAGGAGAUCGUUAAUGCUAUCAAGCAUUUUGCUGACCCACGGGAGGAGGAAGGCAUCAAGAUCGCAGUGAAGCGCAUCAUAAAGCUCGCUGCUGAGACGUGGCGCUUUGCCCGCCUCGAGCGGGAAAUGAUCACAGCAACAAUGCCCGCUUUGCAAGACGAGGAGCAUCAGUUCACCGGCCCUGAAUACUGGCCUGCCUACCGGCCAGAGGGCACGCCGAUCGCAUCGCUCGCUGGCACCGCGCCACCAUCCGACGAUGCACCCAAGCUAUUGCUGCGACUCUUCCCAGUCAUCUACCGCGAACCUAAGCACGAGCACUUACGUUCUUCGGACGAAGAAAAGCCUGAUGAGGGGUGUGUAUAUCAUCACGGGCUGGCUCUGUACGACGACGCAGAGCCGGUGGCGCAGAGGGCGGAGGAACUUAAAGCAGCCGCCCCUGGUGCCCGCGCCUAGAAACCCGCCGCCGCCGCCACCGACUGAUGUUGAGAAGGCAUCCGUUCGAUCCAAGUCGCCUCCACCGGAAGCAGUUGAGAGCGCCUCAGUCCGAUCGAAGUCUCCGCCACCCGAGCCAUCGGAGAAGGCAUCCGUUCGAUCAAAGUCCCCGCCACCUGAGGAAGCUGAGGAGGCAUCCAUUAGGUCGAAGACUCCUCCGCCAGA